AAAUGUCUGAGUAGUAGUAAUAGGUAGGUUAAGUAAGAGUUGAUGUAAAUUGAUUAAGGAAUAAUUGGAUGUAACAGCAAUGAUGGAGGAUUUGUAUGAAAAGUUAAUUCUAUUGAAUUAUGAAUAAAGUUAUGUGAAAUAGAAGUAUAUUAAUAUAAAGUGAAUGAGUAGAGGUGGGAAAAUGUUGAAUAGAGGAUAUUUUGUGAAUUAGACAAAUUCUAGUGAAUAAUUUGGAUAAAUGAAAAUGUAGAUAGAGUGAAUUGUAAAUUAGGUUGGUGAAAUGGUUGUUUUAAUAGAAUGAUGUAUAAACAAGUGAUUUUAAUAAAUUGGAUGAUCCAGUAACAUUAUCUUAGAAUAUAAGUAUAGAUUGUGUAUAAGGAAUAGUAAACGAAGUAAAAAAUAUAGGAAUUGAAGUCGAUUUUCCUCCAUUAAAAUUGAAAUAAGGUUUUGGAGAAUAUGUUGUUUAUGUGUUAUAGUAAUUGGCUAGUAGAGCAUUAUAGAAAAAGAAGUUUUAAUUUAAGAAGACAAGAAUAGAAUAAUAAUCAUAGACGUAUAAAUAUAGUAUAGAUAUAUAAGAUAAGAGGAGGAAGAAGUCUAAGAGACAGGUAGUGUAUCAUCAGAUUCAGAUCCAGAAGUAGCAUCAGAUGAGGAACCGGAAGAUGUAUUUAAUGAAUAGGGAUUUUAAAAAGAGUAUGAAUGUAGAAUUAAUUAUUAAGUGAGGAUAGAAUGGUAAUAGAAUCUAACGUGAAUCCUUAAGAAUGGGCUAAAGAAGUGGAGAGGGCUGCUUAGAAGAUGAAAAUAGUUAUCAAACCUAAUGCUACAGAAUGGAGAUAACAUUUUGAUGCAACUAAAUAAUAUUCAUCUCAAAUUAAAACUAUAUUACCGGAAACUAGAAUUAAAUUGGAAAGAUUAACUGAUGAAUUAUCUUAAGUUUUAGAUAGAAUUAAUAAGAGAGAAUACAAUAUUAAUGAAAAUAUGCUUGAUAUUGUUAUUUAUUAUAUUCCUAUCUUUUUUAGGGUAAUUAAUAUAAGAAGAAGAAUGAAGAAGUAAAGAAGAUUGAAUUGCAAUGUUAAAAUUAUACAAAUGCAAUCAAAGAAAUGGGUGAUCAAUAUAAAUUAGUUUCAGAGAAAUAUGAUAAUGUAUAAUCAAAAUUAAAUGAACAUGGUAGUAUUUCAACUGAUUAAUCUCCUGUUAUUAAAAUCAAGGCAUCGUUAACUAAACUUAGAGUAUUCUAUAUAUAUAUAUGUAUUCCUUUAUUAGUUAGAGAUUAAAUAAAUGGAUCUCAGAAUUGGAGUCUUAUCUCAUACUAUUCUUUAGAGAACAUUUUAAGAUGCUAAAGCUUUAUAAGAUAAUGAUUAUCAUGAAAAUGGACUUAUUUUUAAUGAUUCAGAUGAGUUAACAGAUUGAUUAAUAUAACAAUAUAAUUAAUUAC